GACAGCGUGUUCAGAACGGCACCCUACUCAUCGAGAAUGUGCAACGCACCGCCGAUCAGGGAACCUACACUUGCAUCGCCCGCAACAAGCACAACUACACGGCGCAACGGACGGUGGAGGUGAAAGUUUUGGUUCCACCCAAGAUUACACCAUUCUCAUUCGCACGCGAUCUGAAUGUCGGCGACCGCACGAGCAUACAAUGUGUCAUUGGCACCGGUGACCUACCGCUCACAUUCACCUGGCUUAAGGACGGACAGCCGCUGCAGCAAAUGGCCACAUCCAUCACAACCUCAGCAGCGGCCGCCUCUGGGCAUAAUCGCCUACUUAUGGGCGGCGUUGGUGUUGGUGUCGGUGUGAAUUAUGUAUUGCGCGAUGGUGGUGGUGCUGGUGGUGGUGGCAGCGUUGGCGGCGGCGGCGGUGUUAGCGGUGGGCAUCAUAGCGGUACCGGUGGCGUUGCUGCAUCAGGUCCAUCAGGUCAUACAAAUCACGACGAUUCAGCCGCCACAUCGGCUGCGGCAGCAUCAAUGUCAACGAAUGCGGAUGGUAGUAGCGGUGGUGUAGAUGGUGGCGCUGGCCAAGUGACAAUUCGCCAAAAUGAUGAUUUCACCAGCGCCCUCAGCAUCACAAGUGUGACGCGAGCACAGAGCGGCACCUAUACGUGUCGCGUACAAAACGAUGCCGCCACUGUAUCGCACUCUGCACAGCUAAGAGUCAAUGUUCCACCACGUUGGAUACUAAAGCCCACCGAUCAGGAUGCCAUACUCGGUAAUCCAGUGGCCAUUACCUGCAAAGCCGAUGGAUUUCCAAUACCCACCGUACAAUGGAAGCAGUCGAUUGGUGACUCAGGCGAAUAUCGUGAGCUCAGUUAUGGCAUUGGUAACGGUAACUCACAAUCCGUUAUCGAAACGUAUAACAACGGGUCACUGAUCAUACCAAAAGUUGGGCGAGAGCAUGAAGGCAGUUAUUUGUGCCAAGCAAGUAACGGCAUCGGCGCGGGACUGAGUACACUAAUCAAAUUAACUGUGCAUGUUGGCCCCUCUGUAACGGUUUCGAAGAAACAAGUUUCCGUCCGCCGUGGUGACCGUGUCACAUUGCGCUGCGAAGCUGAUGGCGAUCAACCGCUGAAUAUAACAUGGCGCGCCAAGGCAAAUCACAUUGAUCCAUCUUAUGAUAUACGUUAUCAUAUCAAAGAUUCACCGUUAAGUCGUGGCACAGUCUCAGAAAUGACCAUACUACAGACCAUACUUAACGAUCGUGGUGAAUACACGUGCAUUGCCACUAAUAACUAUGGACAUGAUCGCGCUGUAAUUCAUCUGCAAGUGCAGGAGCCACCGAACUUUCCCGUAAAUUUGCAUGUCACCGAUUUGGGUAGCCGUUCUGUUACGCUGGCUUGGUCGCCAAAUGAUCAAGAUUCGAUUUUCAUGAAUAACGGUGGUAACAAUCGCGAUUCGCAACCGAUAUCGAAUUACAUUUUGCAAUAUAAGAAAGCAGGCGAUGUCUGGCAUGAGCACAACAACCAAAAAUUAUUGCCCGGUGAUAAGACCACCGCACAAAUUGGUUCACUACGUCCGGCGCAAGCAUAUCACUUCCGCCUUUACGCCGAAAAUCAUCUGGGUACCAGUGCCCCCAGCGAUAUAUUGCUCGUGCAAACCGAUGCUGAGGUGCCAAGUGGUCGUCCGCAAGAUGUUUCAGCGGAGCCACUAGGGCCACAACAAUUACUCAUCACUUGGCGUCCACCAGAACGUGACACAUGGAAUGGCGAACUUUUGGGUUACACAAUCGCAUACCAAAAACACGGUGCGCCAGAUAGCGUACAAAACUUCACUAAAGUUAGCAGCCUAGGUGGUGAAGGUCUUAAUGAUUUUCGUCUUACUGGGCUGGAGAAAUACACACAGUAUGCCAUAUCUGUGUCUGCAUUCAAUGUGAAAGGUGAUGGACCACCAAGCGAGGUCACCAUGGGUCAUACUUUGGAAGAUGUACCCUCUGCGCCGCCACAGGGCGUCACUUGCAUUGCGCUGACUGCACAAAAUAUACAGAUCUCUUGGCAGGCGCCACCAAAAGAAUCCAACCAUGGAAUCAUACAAGGCUAUAAACUAUUAUACGAGCCCGGCAAUAUCGAAUCAGAGUACGGCACGCGUGAAACAAAGAUCACUUCAGCGUUGAGUACAGUGUUACAUGGUCUGCAGCCUUUUACGAACUACAGCGUUCAGGUUUUGGCAUUUACACGUGCUGGCGAGGGUGUGCUCAGCCCGACAGUAUCGUGUACCACUGAAGAGGCGGUGCCAGAUGCACCGGAGCGUGUUAAGUCUGUUGUAAGUAGUGAAUCUUCAGUUAUCAUUAGCUGGUUACCACCGCGCCGUCCCAAUGGUAUUGUUACCAAAUACAAUGUCUACAUCCGUAUACUAGACAAAGGGCAAGAGUUGAAAAUUCUCAAAGAAGUGUUGCCCGCAAACAAUCGUCAUUUUGAAGCUAAGGACUUAAUGGUGCGCGAAACUUAUGAGGCUUGGGUAACGGCUUCGACACGUGUGGGACAGGGACCGAGCACACCGGUGAUCAAAUUAAUACCAAGCCCCUCUGUGCCCGCAGCCAUCAUAUCAUUUAGCCAAACUUUAAGUGUCAGCUGGCGAGUUGAUCUCAAACUGGCAUGCGUCUUCGUUGGUAACCCGAAACCGAACUCGGAAUGGAAAGUGUUAAAUGCACGUUCUAAGAAACAUUUUCGCUUGGAGGUGAGCAAUGAUAAUACGCUGACAUUGCGCAAUAUACAGCGUACUCACGAAGGAAACUAUUCGUGUGUGGUACGAAAUUCGAUUGGUUCCGAUCACAUUGUCUAUCAGGUAUACGUACAAGUACCACCAUCUGCUCCAGUGCUUUCCGUCAUCGGCAGUACCACUAACUCCGUGUCGCUGCAGUGGCGAGUAGACGACAUUGGUGGUGCACCGCUGCGUGGAUUUACAAUGACCUUCCGUAAGGAAUUCGGCGACUGGGAAGAAAUUGAAUUGGAUCGACGUGUUAACUCUCAUUUAAUAGAGAAUUUGGAUUGCGGCACGCGAUACCAGUUUAAUAUGGUGACUUUUAAUAAAAUUGGAACGAGUGAAACAAGUGCCAUCGAAACAGCCAAAACGAAAGGCAAUAAACCGAUUGCGCCGCAUAAACAAAGCUUGAUACGCUCGAAUAUCACUUCCGCUUUGUUGGAGUUAUCGUCAUGGCAAGAUGGCGGCUGUCCAGUACAAUACUUCAGCAUUGAGUUCAGACGCUAUGGUAUUUCAAGUGACUGGAUUAUCGUCUCUAGCCGUAUAGAGACACACACACGCUAUACAAUUGGCGAUUUGGAGCCUGGAACUGCAUAUAAUUUGCGUGUGGCGGCGCACAACAAUGCUGGAUCCACAAUUAAGGAGUACUACUUUGAGACAUUGCAUUUUAACGGACUUUCAGCUGAGUUGGACCACGGCGACUUACCCGAGGUGCGGACACUCUUUCGCGAUGUACAUCUCAUAGCGGUGAUUAUCACAUCGGUGUUUGGCACGAUCUUGGCUAUAAUCGGCGCUUGCAUAUGCUUCAAGAACUAUCCACGUCAACUAUUUGCACGGAAUGUCGACUCGAUGCGGCCGCAUGGUGCUGAUGGCAAGGAUAUACAACAUCGUGAACAAUACUACGGUACGGUACGCAAAUCAUGCCAGCAAUCACCACGUGAAUCGGUUGCUGGGCUUGAACGCAUACCUGAAUACUCUGAAGAUAUCUAUCCUUACGCUACAUUCCAUUUACCAGAACAUGAAAAUCAAUCGGCUAACAUACCGCUCAGCCGCAAGGGAGGCCUGCCGGCAAUGUACGAUCCGCGUGGCGGUGGUGUUGCAGACGACAAUACCCUCUCCAGCACGGGUGCCAAGGUGAAGCGUUCGGUCUCGGCGGGCAUUGGCAGCAGCGCUUCAAAUGCAAAUUUAGGCGGUGGACCUGGCCCGGCGUCGGGCGAAUGUAGUCACACGAAUACUGAAAAACGACAUAAGCGACGUUCGAAAGCAAUCAAAUCGGAGUCGGAGGAAUACGAUAGCUUGAAUAGCGAUAGCGAUUUGAGUGGUGAACGUAUGCGUGAACGUGAAGAAAGUCGCAGCGGACGUGAGUCCUCUUCACAUCUAGACGAUAGCGGCUAUAAUCCUCACGGUCAUAGUCCUUGCAGUGGUGGCAAUGCCGGAGGCAACAAGGAGCGUCUUUCAGUAUUCAGUAGGCCUCAACUUCAUAGUAACAGCAUGGACCCCGUGCCCUUCGACUACCGGCUCUUUGACCCGCCACCAAAACAACCGAAACCAACAAUUGCCUGUGGUGCACAGUCACAAUCGCAUCACCAUCACCAGCGACAAACAUCAUCCACAUCAACAUCCACAUCAGCAUCCACAUCCACAUCUGCCCAAAAUUCAACCAACAAUACAAAUAUGCCCAGCAGUCUAUCCGGUGGCAAAGUACGAUCAAAAGCUACCGAUACUAAUUCCAACAGCGGCAGUAACUUCCUCCUCGCCGGCGAGUUCCAAUGCACAACUAACAGCAUCCCCGCCCCGCAUAUUGUCCAGUCGGGUUCAUAUGUCGAAAUUCUGAAGCAUGCCGCACCGCAACCCCCCAACAACCAAACAAACAACCAACAAACAAUCAUGCAAGCGCCAAAUGCAAAACGUCCAAGCGGCGUUGGCGCUGGCGGUGGCGCAAACAGCGGUAGUAAUAGUGUUGUCAGCGGUGCAGCAUUGGCUUGUCACAACAAAAGCUAUGGUGACUUUCUAACAAUUACACCACGCCGCAAAGGCAAACUGCUUUCUUCUGGCUAUGGUGAUAAACACGGUGGCGCUGGUAGUGGUGGUGUUGGCGCCUUGGAUGGCAAUAACCAAGACAAUUAUCGCCAUCAUUUGCCCACCAGCAUCGAACCAUUACAUCUACUUGGCAUACCCAAUGACAAUAUGUCUACAUUCUUUGAUUAUCGCGCCAUGGAGACGCUCAGCAAUAGCGAUACGCUCGCAAUCGGCAGCAGUCUCUCUGGACAUGCACACAACAGUAAAAGCAACAAAGCAUACGACACGAGUACCACUUGCUUGAAUGCAAACAAUUAUGGUGAAUCACCACAGAGCAAUAGCAAUUCAGGCAUACCUGAUGAGUUCCAUAAUAUAAUUAGCGAGAAGAAUCUCAGCCCACCCUCGGCCUUCAGCGACAACAACAGCUGUCUGCCAAAGGGUAAGGUCUAAACUUUAAAGUCUGGUAGUAGGACAUCAAGGAAGAUCAUAUCAAAAUUGUGGAUUUUACGACAUAAUUAACCUAAAAGAACUGAAGAAUUCUGCAUAUCAAGUACGCGAAUCUCUCUAACGGUUAUACUAGAAUUACUUCACACAUAUUCAUGAGAAAACGAAACAGCGGAUAAAACAUAAAAAGGAUUAUUAUUAUUGGUUUAAGGGUAACAAACGAUCGAAACGAAGACGCAACCGAAGACUUUACUGCAGCAUUUAAUCACAAGCGACAAAUAUAAAGUAAAUAUGUAUAUUUAGAAUUAAAGGAGUGGUGUGUUCUUAAGUUCACCGAAAUUCACAAAAAGCAAAUCUUCCAAAAAGUAUCGCUUUUGUAUAUCGCAAAAGCCACAAGACACAAAGCUCUACACAUCUCCAAAAAAUAGCAUACGUUUAGAUAUGUGUUACGUUUGUAUGUACUAGACUAUAUGCUAAUCUAUGUAAAUUUAUAAAAUUGCAGUUUUUAUGGCGAAUGACGCCUAGUUAAAUGAAUUAGAGGUAGAAACUUUCAUUUCGUUCACACACUUGAGUGCUCGAAACCGUUAACAUGAACUUAGAAAUGAGUGAAUGACAAACGUAUGAUUUCUACAGAUAAUCGCAAGCGCUAACGAUCAGAUCCAUUUCAUCGACACUUUUUCAUAAGACCCAUCCAUAACCUAUUUUCAGAAUUAGUAUCAGUAGAGCAGAGCCGUCUCAAAAGAUUUUGUCAUCGCACAACAUUUGCAGGAAAUACUUGUAUGAUAAUAUUAGCUUGUUUUGUCUAAGAGAGGAAUUUGACUUUUAUUUUACUUUUCUUAAACUGUUUAGAAGAUGAUUUUAGUCCGUCAUUUUGCUUCCCAAUAAGCUGAAACUAUAUUCAAUUAUUCGAAGUGUACCAUGACGUUAGAGAUAGAACAGGACCGAAACCUCGCUUUUGUCUUGUUAUGAAGUAAUAUUUUCAAUUAUUUCGACAAAGUUCCCGGACUUCUGCAGCUAUGGUACACUUUUCCUGAAGUAUAAUGUAGAACUUAAUUUUCGGGUCUUUUCCCAACCAUACUGUCUUUUCUAGAAUGUAGAACAUCUUUUUCGUUUGAAGUCGCUAAGACCGCCUUUCUUCUUGUAUGGUAAAUAGAAGAAUCGGGAACAUUAAAACAUCUCUGCAUUCAGCAUAGAAUCGGUUGUGCUUGAUCUCUUUCAUAAUAAAGCGAAUGAAAUCGAGUUUUUGUGGCAAUUCCAAGAAAUAAUGCUAUAUAUAUAACGAUGUCUUUUUCAACAUUGCCGCUUCAUAAUCGGAAUAGUGUAGGAGGUAGUUAUGGGUGAUUUGUAGAUCUGUUGGUCAAAUACUUUACAAAUUUAGUAAACGUAUAAGUAUAAAUUCGAUCAAAUAUCCUUUAAAUACUAUUUCA